AUGACAAUCCAGAGGCUCAAGACGCGGGGGUGGUUGGUAUCGGAAUCCCCUCGUGUCCCCUAUUUAUUUUCAGCUCGCCUUCGCGAUAAGCUAUACAUGACCAACACCAUCUCCGAAGACCUGAGCAAAGCUGCUUCACAAGAGCAACCGAUUCCUGCUUCAUCCGAAGGCAGAGCUCCUCCCCCUCUCUUCCCCCUAUAG